AAAUAUAAUAUUUAAAUAAAUGAAUAUGAUCAGAGGAUUCAGAAUGCUGACAAUGAGACCCCUCUUUACAUUUGCUGCAGAUAAGACACCAGCAACUACAUAAGGCAAAUAAUAAUAAGCCAAACCAAUACAAGUUUAUAAAGAUGGACAAUUAAUCACUAAGAAUUACUUACAAUUAAAGAAGUCUUAAGAUAUUGAGGGAUAUGUUCUUACCUUGGUUAAAAAUUAUUAUAGAACAACUAAUAAAGUAAGUCUUUUUAUAUAUCAUGGCAGUCAGCACUUACUUUGGACUCUGAAUUAGAACAACAUGGUUUAGAUAGUUUAGAUUCUAUUGAAUUAUCAAUGCAAGUAUACUAUAUUUACUAUUUUAGAUUGAAGAAGAUUUAGGCUAUGUUAUUUCAGCUGAAACUUUACCAGUCUUGAAUAAAGUCAGACAUUAUGUUAAUUAUAUUAAGUAGGUUGAAUAAUAUAAGGUAGAAAAUAAUGCUGUCCCAUUAGCAUGAUUUACAUAUAUCAAAUGCAUAUUAAUAAUAUAAUAAGAAUUCC